AAUCAAUAUCACAACAACUAGACCAAAAUUUGCAAAAAAAAAGAAACACAUUUUUUCACCAUAGAAAAAAAAGUUUCAAAUUAAAUUGCAUUGAAACACUAGCAGCAACAACAAUAUUUACGCGGUUUUUGUAGCCGUCAACACAACAUUACAACUGUGGUCGUCAUAGUCGUCGACGUUUUACCCAUAAAUUAUCUACUACAGUAAAAAGGCACCAAAAUGCUUCCGCUUCCUCGAGGAGCGGUAUGGCAGCUACUCUUUCUAUUUUGUGCGGCGCUCUACAUAAAUGGGGUCCGUGCCGAUGGAAGAGUUGUAUGUUACUACACCAACUGGAGUGUCUAUCGUCCAGGCACAGCGAAAUUUAAUCCACAAAAUAUAAAUCCAUAUUUGUGUACACAUUUGAUUUACGCAUUUGGAGGAUUUACGAAAGACAAUCAAAUGAAACCGUUUGAUAAAUAUCAGGAUAUUGAACAAGGUGGUUAUGCCAAAUUUACUGGCCUGAAAACAUACAAUAAGCAAUUGAAAACGAUGAUUGCUAUUGGCGGCUGGAAUGAGGCCUCUUCACGUUUCUCCCCCUUGGUGGCAAAUUCUGAACGCAGACAAAAGUUCAUUAAGAAUAUUUUAAAGUUUUUGAGACAAAAUCAUUUCGAUGGCAUUGAUUUGGACUGGGAAUAUCCGGCUCAUCGUGAGGGUGGCAAACCACGCGACAGAGACAAUUACGCCCAAUUUGUGCAAGAGUUGAGGGCUGAAUUUGAAAGAGAAUCAGAGAAGACCGGACGUCCACGUCUGUUGCUUACUAUGGCUGUGCCAGCAGGCAUUGAAUACAUUGAAAAGGGUUAUGACAUACCAAAGUUGAAUAAAUAUUUGGAUUGGUUUAAUUUACUCACCUAUGAUUUCCAUUCAUCCCAUGAACCCUCUGUCAAUCAUCAUGCUCCCCUGUACUCGCUGGAAGAAGAAUCUGAAUAUAAUUAUGAUGCUGAAUUAAAUAUUGAUUAUUCCAUUAAAUUCUAUUUAAAUGCUGGUGCUGAUCGUGAUAAGUUGGUGUUGGGUAUACCCACCUAUGGUCGUUCGUUUACCUUGAUUAAUGAGGAGAGCACGGAAAUUGGUGCCCCUGCUGAAGCUCCCGGAGAUCAAGGUGAUGCUACUCGUGAAAAGGGCUAUUUGGCCUACUAUGAAAUUUGCCAAAACCUCAAGGAAGAUCCCGAAUGGACCGUGGUUCAACCAAAUCCCAAUGCUAUGGGUCCCUAUGCCUAUCGUCGCAACCAAUGGGUGGGCUAUGAUGAUGAGGCUAUUGUACGCAAGAAGGCUCAAUAUGUGGUGGACAAUGGUUUGGGCGGUAUUAUGUUUUGGGCCAUUGAUAAUGAUGAUUUCCGUGGUACCUGUACGGGCAAGCCGUAUCCGUUGAUUGAGGCCGCCAAGGAUGCUAUGUUGGAUGCUUUAGGUUUGGGCAUCAAUGAAGUCUCAAAACCAAGUGCUCCACAGAAACCCUCACGCUCAAGAAGUCGUGAAAACUCCUCUUCAACACGUAACCGUAUUACAACCACCGAACACAAGUUGACCUAUGCCGAGCGUAAGGGAAGUUCCAAACGUACACAGUCCAUACAACAAACUACACGCAAUAGACAACAAUCUACCACCACCACCGCAGCACCAUUAAAUAUUAAGCUAACCGAAGCUGAAGGCUCCUCUUUAUAUGUAGGAGGUAGAACAACAACCCCACCACCACCCACUACACCAGAUCCAGGCACCGAUUUCAAGUGUGAAGAAGAAGGUUUCUUCCAACAUCCCAGAGAUUGUAAAAAAUACUAUUGGUGUUUGGAUAGUGGUCCCUCAGGUUUGGGUAUUGUGGCCCAUCAGUUCACUUGUCCCUCGGGUUUGUACUUUAAUCCAGCAGCAGAUUCCUGUGAUUUUGCCAGAAAUGUGCCAUGUAAAUCUAAAAAAUCUACAACUGCCCCUCCCAUUACUUCUCCUGCUACUACCACUACUACCCCAAGACCCACCUCAUCUUUCAAUCGCAUAACGGCAGCUACUUCCAGGCCCACCACCUUCUUUAGAACCACUCCCAGAACCACAACUACCACCGAAGCUCCCGAAGAAGAAAUUGAAUACGAGGAAGAAGAUGAUAACCCACCCUCACCAUUCGCUAAACCCAAAGGCUUCGAUAAGGAGUCCGAAGAAGAUCCUAAAGUUAUUAAGGAACUAAUUGAACUCAUACGCAAGGUAGGAGGUAUUGAGGAAUUGGAAAAACAUCUGUUACGCAAAGAUGAUGGCACUAUUGCGAUUAAGGAAAAUAGUUCCAGUAGUUCUAGUACUCUAACAGCCACCACACCAUCCUCCAUUAGUAAAUCCCUGUAUGAGAAAGUAUUGAGUAAACCAAAUGCUUUGAGUUCCUUCCGCAACCGUUUCACUUCCACCAAUAGCUUCCGCACAACUAAAACUCAAGUUAAAACACAAGACAGUACUGAAGCUGAAGAGGCAGAAUCUCAUGAAACAGACAGCAAGAGUUCAGGUGCUUCGGCUGGAUUUAGCAAAUAUUCAUCGGUAUUGAGAGGCAAUAGUCGCCAGGGGCCACAAAGUGAAGGCUUAGAGAAACUCAGCGAAUUUGAUGGAUUCCUUAAGGAGAAGAAACAGUAUACUACCAUCAAUCGUAAUCGUGGCGUCAAGAAAACUUCCACUGAUGACGAGGAAGAAGAUAUUGCUAGCAAAGCUAGUGAUGAGAGCCACCAAGAUGAUGAGGCCGAAGAGGAAGUUAGUGUUAAAUCAACUAGAAGACCAUAUGCUGCAAGCACCCCAGCCUACUCAACAAUCCGAAGAACCAGACCAUCUGUUACUACUGAAGCUACAGAUGAAGAGGAACAAGAAGAGAAAGAUAUUUCGGAGCGUAAAUCAUACAGUUCAUUGAAUAGAAGCCGUGCUAGAGGUACCACAACGGAAUUGCCGGAUGCAACAGAAGUUACUGCAGGAUCGUCAAGAUAUAAGUACUUGGAACGUACUCGUCCAACACGUCCCACAACCGAGUCAUCCAACAAAGUCACUGACGAAGAAGACACUGAUGAUGAUAAUGAAUCGGAGAAUCAGGAAAAUACGGUACAUUUUAAGGCAGUUAAUAUUGAAAAUACACGAGAAACACAACAAGAAAUCACAACAAAUACACAAAGAACCUACGCCAGUAUAGGCCGCAGGACAACAAUAAGCACUACCGCAACACCCGAAACAGAAACUACAACUAGUGCGGCUAAAACAAGAUUAACAACUACUACAGCCGCAACACCAACCACAACCACAACAUCUACAACAGAGACUCCAAUAACAACUCCUUUAACUAUUUUAGAAACCACUACACCUGAAUCUAUAUUAAUAACCACAAAUAUUCCCAUAACCACAACUACUAACCCAACCACCACUACCACCUCCACAACCAAGACCACAACAACAUCUUCACCAAAUGAUGAAGACGUUUUAGAAUCCCUUACCACCACCACCACUCCACCCAAUCUAAAUGAAAUCAGUUCUGAUAAUUCUGAAACACUUAAUUUAUCCCAAAAUAUCAAUUCCCUUUUAACUGAUUCCACCACCACUUCCUCCUCAAACUCCACUCCCACCCCCACAACGGAGUCUGGUCUAGAUACAAAUGAACAGGAAAUUGACAGCCCAUUGACAACUACUGAAACGACAUUAUCUACGACUACAACUAUCAAUGAUAGCGACAACUUAACCAAGACCGAAGACAAGGAACAAGAAGAGGUAAAUCUAGUAAGUAAGCAAAGAAAUAAGACAUUGUAUACAACACGUACUAGAACAACCACAACAACACUUCCUCCUACAACAACCACAAACUCAGUUAUUGAAACAACACCUAGUCCUACUAAUGCCAAAAAACCAUUGGGUGUUAGAAGACAACAAAUUUUACUAAAUCGUUCUUCACAGACGAAGACAACAACGUCUAGCGUCACCACCACAGAUAUACCCACUACUACCACUACUACAGAAUCUGUAAAUAAUGACUUCCUGGGUACUGUAUCUAGUCCAAGACCAUUUGGUUUCCCCAAACGACGUAAUAGACCCAACAACGCAGCUGGCCUAACGACCACCGAAGAAACUGUGGUGAAAUCAAAUGAUGAAUCGUUAGUAACAAAACAAAAAACCACUAAAUUAAAUGCGGCCGCUAACAGCCAAACCAAGGUGAGUUCUCACAAUACAAUUCUCUCUCAAACUGCUACCGCCCACGAAGCGGCAACUUCCUCUCAACAAGAGCAUGUACAGCAGGAGGAGAGCGAAGUGACCAGCACUGAGCACCUUUCUAAUUCUAAACUUGACACUAAAGUUGAACAUUUCAACAAGCAUGUUGUAGUAACUGGUAUUGAGGAUAAUAAUGAUAAUAAUUUAAGGCAUGUUAAUAAUGUUAAUGUAGUUAAUGUAGAUAGUAUUAAUAAUUCUGCACCUAAAACACACACUCACACCAUUGUUCAAGAAGUGGACGAUGAUGAUGAAGAUCCACAAAAGCUCUACACUUGGCGCGAUGCCAGACGACCCACCAAACCAACACCGAAAAAGAAAAAACUGGUAGUUACUGAAGUGACUACCGAAGAAAGGGUAAGACAAAGUGUAAGUCCUGAUCAUGUCUCAGUUGUUAAUGUAGUCGAAACAAAUGAGAAGGACUCUAGGUAUAGUAAGAAACAACAAGAUCUUUCUAAGGAAACAGGUAAAUAUCGCGGUAAAAGUUUAGAAAGUUCGGUAGACAGUGAUUCUGUAGAACAAAAUCAUGUUGAGGAUGAAGAAGAUGAGGGUAGGGCAUUUAGAACUUAUACUAGCAUUAAUAGAAGACGUCAGCAAACGACAUUACAAUCGGCGGGAAUUGGAAAUGAUGAGGAAACAAAUGUGAAUGGUUUUAGAGUAACACAAGUCGUGAAAUCUGGUGGAGACAGUGAAGAAGAUUCAUUGAACAGUAAGUUUAAAUACAGCACCAUAACUAGAGGUCAAACGACAAAAACCGGGGAAAGUGAAAGUUCGCAAGAAAGUGAAGACGGUUUGAAGACUAAAUUCAAAUAUACUACGUUAAAUCGUGGCUCUCAACACAGUGGAUCAUCCCAGGCUGAUAAUGGUGAAAAUGAUGACAAACAAACUAAAACUUCGUUCAAAUAUACCAAAAUAACACGCGGUCAAGGUUCCCAAGCAGAAGGACAUGAAGAGGACACUACUGGAGGAAAUAAUUCUCAAGAAAGUGUACAUGAAUUGAAAACUAAAUACACUGUAAUAAAUCGUGGCUCCACUACCAAUACUGCCACAGGAUCUCAGACAAGCGAUGCAGAAAAUAAUGACAAUCAAACUAAAACAAGAUUUAAUUAUACCAAAAUCACACGUGGUCAAGGUUCUGAAUCGAUUGGACACGAGGAGGAAACUGAAGAUAAAACUGCCUCCAACUCCUUUGGUAGCACUAGUUCGCAAGAAGCUGAAGACGGUUUGAAAACUAAAUUUAAAUACUCGACAAUAACACGUGGAUCUACUACUGCUACCGGCAGUGGAUCACAAGCAAGCAAUGAUGAAAGUGAGGACAAUCGAACAACAACAUUCAAAUAUACUAAAAUAACACGCGGUCAAGGUUCUCAAACAGUUGAACAUGAGGAGGAGACAAGUGAUGACAGCUCAGUUACAAACAAACAUAAAUAUACUACCCUCAAUAGAGGACAUAGUGCUGAAGAUAAUUCCAAUAAUGGCGAAACAGAUGGCACAACCAAGUCAAAGACUACAUUCCAAUAUACCAAAAUAACUCGAGGUCAAGGUUCUCAAGCUGUUGGAAGUGAGGAGGAAACCUCAAACUCUCAAGCAAAUGAUGACAGCACAGUCACAAAUAAAUAUACCACCCUCAAUAGAGGCCAUAGUGCUGAAGGUAACUCCAACAAUGCUGAAACAGAUGACACAACCAACACUAGUUUCCAAUAUACCAAAAUAACUAGGGGCCAUAGUAAAUAUGAUGAGGAUGCUGAAGGUGCUAAUGAUAAAACCAAAACUUAUACCACUUUAAAUAGAAAUCGAGGUUCCAGUGUUUAUAGCCAAGAUGAUUCAUCUGAAUCGGACAGUGGUAAGAAAUCUUACACCGCCAUUACUAGAAAUAGAGGUAGUGGAAGUACAACCGAAAAUAUUCCCUACAAAGCUAUAGUACGCGACAGUCAAGGUGUGCAUCUUACCGAAGGGGAAUUGUCAGGAUUUGUGAAACAUGCCGGUGAUGCUGCGGUAACAGAAACGUCAGAAAGAACUUAUCAUAUCAUCUCUAGAGGUGGACAAAUACUGGAGAACGGCAGCAAUGAAGAAACAGAAGAUAAACAUCUUCAAGCUAAUUCAAUUGAAACUAUGAGUCUCACUCAAAUUGAGAAAACCACAGGAAACCAACAAGAGCAAGCUGAAGAGGAACUUACAGCUGAACUUGAGGAGGAACAAAGCUCAACAACUGAGGCUGAGACCACAACAACCACUGAAAAGCCUCUCAUUACAACGACUACCACUGAAGCUACAACCACCACAACUGAAGCUACAACCACCACUACUGAAAAGGAAUUACCAAGUUCAACAGAAGAAGUGAUAAUUGAAAACACUACAGUAUAUGUUGCUCCCGAAACAACUAGCACAACGCCAGAACCUACUACUAGAAGAUCCUUCUUUAAAAAUCGUACCAGUACUGAGACAAAUAUCAAAGAAACUGAAACCGAAGUACAAAACUCUACUCGAGGCAAUACUAAACAACAAGAGCAAGAAGUAACCGCAACACAAACCGGCCGUAGACGUGUCGUAUUUAGAAAACGUCCCACUUCAGUCACAAGCCAAACGACAAUCAACCGAGAAACUGUGGAAACUAAGCAAGAAAGUGAAGACACAAAAGUUAAACAAGUUUCCGAAGGAAAUAGUGGAACAACACAAACUCAAACAUCCUACCGUAGACGUACUAUUGUUGCCAAGAGACCCACAGUCACCGAGGAUAGUGAAGCCAAGUUUGAUCGCGGUUCUUUACUGAAUACAGCCUCAGAGUCUUCAGUUGAUGAUUUGGACUCUACCACACGUCCCAGUUUGCCAAGAGGCACUUAUCGUCCUAAAGAAAAGGGAGAUCUGUCUUCGCUGUUAGCUUUAGAUUAUGCCAAGAAAUAUGGUUAUAAGUCUCAACAACAGUUUGGCAAUGGUAAAAGAAGACGACCAGUAGAAAGAACUCAAUCGGUAGAUGAAAAUGAUGAAGAUAGUGUCACAAGAACACGUACUUCAGGUUCAACAUCUGAAGAAAUCAAUUCCAAUAAGUCUCAACAACAGUUUGGCAUUGGUAAGAGAAGACGACCAGUACAGAGACCUCAAUCGGCAGAUGAAAAUGAAGAAGAUAAUAUCACAAGAACACGUAUUUCUGGAUCAACAUCUGAGAAAAUCAACUCCAAUUCGGAGGGAAUUAAUGGUGGCAGUAGCACAAUUACAACCAAAAAGAGAAUAUUCAGUAGUAAAACUUCUGAAAGCGGUACAAUCAAUAGUUCUGAAACAACAGAAAAUUCUCAAUCAAAGAGUAGUGGAUCAGCACUUAAGGGAGAUACCGAGACUUUGAUCGAUGAAUCUUCAGGCCUAACAUUAAAUAGAGGUGAUCAGGAAACCGCAGAAAAUGGUGACGUAUCAUCAUUACUAGCCAAAAAACAAGGUAACAAAUCUCAAUUUGCAUUUGGAAAUGGAGCUAAACGUAUCUCACAAGUACAAACUUCAACGCAAACCGGUAGUGAAAAUGAAAAUAAUGGCAAAACUCGUUUUAAUUCUUCUACCAAUCAACAAGGUUCUUCUGUCACCGAAACUGUCAAUGGACGCAGAAGGACUAUUAUUAGGAAGAGAAUUCAGUCUACCAAAACAGCAGGAGUUACCGGAAAUGUUUUAGGCUCAAAAACAACUCUGGUCUCAGCAAACCAAGAAGGAAAUUCGGAAUUGUUAUUAAAACACUCUGGACAUAAUGAAAAUGAGUCCACUAUUAGCUCUGGAACAUCCUCCGGAAUUGUUUCUAAAUUCAAUUCAAAUACUGAUGAAAAACAAACAAAUACUUUAGAAAAUCAAGAAGGAAAUUCGGAAUUGUUAUUGAAACACUCUGGACAUAAUGAAAACGAAUCCACUAUUAGCUCUGGAACAUCUUCUGGCAUAGUUUCUAAAUUUAAUUCAAAUACUGAUGAAAAACAAUCAAAUGCUUUAGAAAACUCUAAAACAACCUCAGAAACUUCCAAUGAAACUGAACAUCAAACAUUAGCAAAUAGUGAUGAUAGUUCUACCAAUUCAAAUUCAAAAUCUAAAUUUAAUUUGAACUCUAAACAAACCACUGGUACACUGAAGACAAAUACCUACAACUCUCUUAAUCGUAAAAAUGCUUUUGCCAACAAACGUGUAAUAGGUAGUCAGUCUGAGCAAAAUACACAGUCCGGUAAGCAAAAUACAGUAACUGAAACGGAAACUAUCGAAACAAUUGAAGAAGAAAAUGAUGAGGAUCAAAACUCUCUAAACAAUAAUAUUUCUUCAACUUCGGGCUCCAAAUUCAAAUCUCGCAACUCAUUGACUUCUCAAACUGCUCAAAAUUCUCGCAAAUCGAACUUCUCUGGUCGACGUGGCUCAUUGAGUACCCGUUUACAAAAUAAAAACAAUAAAACCGAGAAAGUUGAAAUUUUGGAAGAUGGUUCCAAACGUAUCACAACUACUUUCAUUGAGACUAUCAAUGAAGGCGGCAAAGUGAAAACUAUCAAGAGAACAAAGAUCAAGACGAUCAUACAAGAGGCUCCGGAAUAUGAAUAUGAAACUGAUGAGACUACUUUAACAGCCACAACACGUAGACCCAUACCACUGAAUAGAGGUUCGGCUAGAUUCCAAAGUAAUGAUUUGUCUUCUUUGUUGGCUUUAGAUUUUGCCUCAAAAUCAAAUAAACAAGCGGAAGGUGAUAGAACUUUAACAAAAACCAGAAGGAAAUUGAUACGCAAACCAGCCAUUGUUAAAGAGGAGGAACAUAUUGAGGAAUUUGAAGAAGACUUGCCUACCAGGCCACCCAGACCUGUCAGCACUACUGAGGCUAUUCAGGGUAUAAAUAGAAGAACAAGACCAACCAGGCCCUUGAGAACUUCUACAAGAAUUACACAAACCGCCGAGGAAGUUAACGAAGAUGAGAAGGAAGUAGAGAAAGUGGUAGCAACAACCAGACGCAAUUUUGCUUUGAAACGUCCCACAACAAGGCCAACCACAAGAUCACCAGUUACAAAAGAAACUGUAGAAGAAGUUGAAUCAACAACUAGACGUGCUUUUGCUUUCAAAAGGCCAGUAGGAUCUGUAAAAACUAUAACUACCACAACAACCAAUGAAGAAAUUUCCGAAGAUAAUGCUACAGCUAAGCGUACUUUUGCUUUUAAACGACCUGUGGGCUCUGUUAAAACUAUAACUACCACAACAACUAAUGAACAAACUACCGAAGAUGAUUCCAAAACUAAGCGUACUUUUGCUUUCAAAAGACCAGUAGGAUCUGUGAAAACUAUAACAACCACAACAACUACAGAAGAAAUCUCGGAAGAUGAUGCUAUAGCUAAAAGACCUGCAAGUUCUGGCAGAACAAUAACAACUACUACUGAGGAAAUCUCUAAAACUUCUACAACAGGAAGUGAACAGGUUAAUGAAAGUCUAAAUCGUUUUAAAUCAAAAACCGCUUCCGCUACAGAAGCAACAGAAGAAUUAAGCACUACCACUAACGAACCUAUUACAACUGAAUCGUCAACGUCUGAAUCAACAACCCCCGAAACAAGCACUGAACAAUAUAUCGAAACUACAACAGUCCCUCAAUUAGCUCAUGAUCCUUUGGAUACGAUUAAAAAUCAAUUGGCCCAAGCUGUGCAGAGUUUGAAAACUGAAACUGAAAAAGUUACUGAGACCGAAGUAAUGGAUGCUUUUGAGACUAAAAACGAAAUUACUUCUGGCCUAGCAAGUGGUCAAGAUCUCUCCCUACCCAUUUAUCACAGACGCAAAUACUAUCAAUACUACAAAGAUUCACCCAUUAUCCACAUCAAUCCGAUUACUCCAGCUUCCGAUGCCGCUGUCGACACUAAUCUUGAUAUAGCUAAGCAAAUUCACGAAGUCUUUAAUGUCAGCAAUGAUCACUUUCAGCCAGAGCCUGAACCCGAUGAUGUUUUAGCCCUUAAGGCUAUGGAACAAGCUCAAGAGAUUAAUGCGGAACUCAGUCAUUUUUUAUUGAAAACCCCCGGGUCAAAUGAUGUCAGAGAAACAAGUAAAUUAAACGACAUUGAUAAAGUUAAUGAGGAAGCUCUUGAAAAUGCCUUGGAUAUUAAUGAAGCAAAUGGUAGAAAAGGCAAAACCUUUAAGACGUUUAGGAAACUUACAACAACAAAAAUAACUAAAGAUAACAAUGACGACGAAUUGUCGCAAACUACUGUAGCUGAUGCUCCCCAUGUCAGAAUAACAUUAUUAGGUCAAAACUCUAAAAAAACCACAGCUUUACCUUCAACUAUUAACCUAUUCAAAUCCACUACUCUUAAGCCGGAAACGACAACUGAUGAUGAAAAUGACGAUGUGAUUGGCGCAACUUUAAGAAGCAAAACUUUGCUUUCAACUAAAAAUCGGUUUAGAUCGACCACACUUAAACCGGAAAUCACAACAACUAACGAAGAGGAUGACACUACAACAAGAUCGAGUCUUUAUAAAGCUCGGUUACCAUUUAAAAGUAAUAGCGAAAGAUCCCAAAGCUUCCAAGUGAAAGAACAGGAUAGUAUCAACACAAAGAACAAAUUUAGUAGAACAAAACUCACACCAAUUUCCACGCAAAAAUCGAUAUUGAGUGAAGACUCUACUAUAACAGAACAAGAUCUAAUUUCUACUACAGAAACUGCUAUAAAGGGCGAUAUUGCUGAAGCUCUGGAAACUACAACUUCGGUGUCCACUGACAGCAAAUAUGAAGGUGAAGAAUUGAACGUUGAAUUUGAAACUGACGAUCAUGAAUCUUCCACAACAAAUGCUAUAAAUACUGAAGGUGAUGAAACUACUGAAGCUCCUACAGUUGAAACCGAUGCUGAAAUCAACGACGACCAAAGCACUACAGAAAAACUUCACGAGGAAACUACGGAAACAAACGAUUCGAUAUCAACCACCGAGGAAGCCACCACUGUAACUUCGAAUCCCAGAAAAGUUAUAAUAAAAAAACGCAUACGGGUUACUACUGCAUUACCAGCCGAAGAAGACAAAUUAACUACCGAAACUUCCACAGCUCCGAGUUUAGCAAAUGAUUCUACUACCACAACUCCCGAAGAGUCUACUGAAAACUCAAGUGCUUUUGAAACUGAAUCAUUGACUGAAAAGGUGACGAGUAAAACUUAUACUAGAAUAAAUCGUCCCUUAAUUAAAUCAACUACAAACAAAACACCCAAUGAUGAAGCAACCGAUACAGAUUCCACAACGAGGAGAUCUUUUACUGGACUUAAACGUUUACGUACAACAACCUCCAAGAGCACAGAGGAAGAAGAAACCGAAAACACUGAAGGUGAAGAAACCUCUGAAGUAUCAAAUGUCAAAAGUACUACACGAACAAGCCUCUCAUUAGCUAACCGUCAAAGAGGCUUAAAUACUCGCAAUCGUUUCAAAACAACUACGAUUAAAAGUACGGAUGAUGAUUUAGAUGAAAGUAAUAAAGAAGAAAUUGCUUUAAAUGAUGCCACUACUCGUAAAAAUUCAUUGCUUAACAAUCGCUCAAGAGUUUUAGCCACCAGAACGACAACUGAAACCCCCAAUGCUCUUGAUUCUAGUACUAGACGUUCGUACGAUCGCUUAAUACGUUAUGGCUCGACAACACCAAAAAGCGAUGAAGUAGAUGACGACGAAGAUGAACUGGAACAAGAAAUUUCAACUCGUCGUAGUUUUGGUGCAGCUGCUGUUAGAUCUAAUGCUAUUCCCACUAGACGCUCAUUUGGCGGGGCCAACAGAGCAAGAAUUACCACAACCGAACUAGCAACAGAAGAAGUUGACAGCACAUUGGAAAACGACAGUGCAACAGAAACUGAAAAUAAAGAAAUUUCUACAAAACGCACUUCGCCAACUAGACGACCAUUUGUUGGUUUCACUAGACCCACAACUUCCAGUGCAGAAUCAUCCCAAUCCGGACGCUCAUUUGGUCUUAAGCGACUAAGAACAUCAACUAGUGAAGCUAUAACUGAAGUAGUUGAUAGCACAGUUGAAAACGAAACUGAAACUAGUACAAAAGUUGAAGCUUCUGGCAAACGUACAUUGGCAACAAGAAGACCAUUCGGUGGUUUUACUCGGCCCACAACUACUGAAGCUACAAACGAAGAAACAGAUAGCACAGUGGAAAAUGAUGAGGAUAACGCUACAAAUGAAGAAGUUUCCACGAAACGUAUUUUGGCCACCAGAAGACCAUUUGGUGGUUUUACUCGGCCCACAACUACUGAAGCUACUACCGAGGAAACCGAUAGCACAGUAGAAAAUGAUGAGGAUAUCGCUAUAAAUGAAGAAGUUUCCACGAAACGUACAUUGGCAACAAGAAGACCAUUCGGUGGUUUUACUCGGCCCACAACUACUGAAGCUACAACCGAGGAAACCGAUAGCACAGUAGAAAAUGGUGAUGAUAUCGCUACAAAUGAAGAAGUUUCCACGAAACGUAUUUUGCCCACAAGAAGACCAUUUGGUGGUUUUACUCGGCCCACAACUACUGAAGCUACAACCGAGGAAACCGAUAGCACAGUAGAAAAUGAUGAGGAUAUCGCUACAAAUGCAGAAGUUUCCACGAAACGUAUUUUGCCCACAAGAAAACCAUUUGGUGGUUUUAACCGACCAACAACUACUGAAGCUACAACCGAGGAAACAGUUAGCACAGUAGAUAAUACUGAGGACGAUUCUGAAAAUGACGAAGUUUCAAAAGAAAAUAAUUUGACAACAAAAAUACCAGUAAGUGACUUCACAACUACCACAACUGAAACUGCAAUUAAAGAAACAGAGGUAGAGAAUGAUGAGGAUAAUACCGAAAGUGAAGAAGUUUCCAUAACUACUGAAUCUAUAAUCGAAGAAACUGAGAGUACGGUAGAGAAUAACGAAGAAAUUUCUACAAUUGAAGAAGUUCCUUUAACUACUACUGAAGCUACAAUUGAAGAAUCAGCUAGUAUGGCAGAGAGUGAAGAGGAUAGUUUGACAAAUGAAGAAGUUUCCAUAGAACAAAGUGUUCCGGAAACAACUACUGAAGUUGCGUUCGAAGAAGCCGAUACCACUGUAAAUAAUAAUGAGGAUAAUUCCACAAACAAAGCAGAAUUUUCCACUGAUCAUACUUUGCUAACAACUACCGUAACUACAGUCGAAGUAACAGAUAGCACUUUAGAGAAUAAUGAAGAUAGUUUAGCAAAUGAUGAAGUUUCAACAAAACGUAUUUUGCCCACAACCAUUACUACCGAAGCGCCAGCUGAACAAGUUGAUACCAUCGAAACCUCCACAAAAAGUACUUUGGCCACAAGAAGACCAAUUGGUGGUUAUAAUCGGCCCGCAUCCACCACUACUGAAGCUACAGUCAAUGAUGAUGAUAGUACAGUAGAUGAGGAUAGUUCCCUAACCAAAGAAGUUUCCACAAGACGUAAUUUGCCCACCAGAAGACCAUUUGGUGGUUUUACUCGUCCUACAACAACCGAAGCUACAAUUGAAGAAACAGAUAGCACGUUAGAUAAUAAUGAGGAUAUAAUCAUAAAGGAAGAAGUUUCAACAAAACGUAUUGUGCCCUCUAGAAGACCAUUUGGUGGUUUUAAUCGACCCACAACUAAAGCUGCUGAAGCUACAACUAAAGAAGUUGAAAGCAGCGAAGCUUCCACCAAACGUACUUUUGCUACCAGAAGACCUUUGGGAGGUUUUAAACGUCCCGCAUCCACCACAACGGAAACAACAGUCGAAGAAACUGACAGCACAGUAGAGAAUAAUGAGGAAACUUCCACAAACGAAGAAGUUUCAACAAAACGAGUUGUGCCUUCUAGAAGACCAUUUGGUGGUUUUACUCGACCCACAACUUCUCAGUCAUCUCAAGGUGGUCGUUCAUUUGGUGUUAACAAAUUAAGAGUAGCUACCACGGAAGCUGUAAUAGAAGAAUUUGAAAGCACUGUUGAAAAUGAAGAUGCUAUCAAUGUCGAAGUUUCUACAAAACGAACUUUGCCAACCAGAAGACCAUUCGGUGGUUUAAAUAGACCAACAACCACCACUACUGAAGCAACAACAGAAGAAAAUGAUAAUGAAAGUACAACAAAUUCAGAAGUUUCUACAAAACGCACAUUGCUUACUAGAAGACCCUUUGGAGGUUUCACUCGACCCACAACAACUACUACCGAAACAGCUAUUAACGACAGUACCACAGAGAAUUCACUUGAAGAUCAUGAGGAAACAUCUACGAAACGUACUUUCCCAACCAGGAAAGCAUAUAGUGGAUUAAACAGACCAACCACAACGGAAGCUAUAACUGAGAAUUCUCAAGACGAAAGUACCACAGAGAGCUCACUUGGAGAUCACGAAGAAACAUCUACAAAACGUACUUUCCCAACCAGGAAAGCAUAUAGUGAAAUAAACAGACCAACCACAACAGAGGCAACAACAGAGAAUUCUCUGGAUGAAAGUACUCUUGAGAGUUUAAGUGAAACAUCUACGGAAGAUGAAGAAAUUUCAACAAAAGAAAAUGAAUCUACCAGUACAAGUUCCACUGAGGAUGAUCAUGAGAAUGAGGAUGAAACUACAACAGAUUCAUUAGAGCAUGAGGAAUCGUUGAGUAUUAAUACUGAAUCUGCCGCAGUUGAGGAGUCAUUUGAAAGUACAACUUCUAAGACAAUUGAGGAAACAUCUACACCUCGUCGUAAAGUUAUCAUACGUAAACGUAUACGUCUGCCCACAACUACAACAGAAUCUCCAAUAACUAGUGAGCCCGAAUCAACUGAAGAGAACUCAACGGAAACUAUUAUCAACCAAGAAACAACAGAUAUUAAUACUAAAGCUAAUGAGGACAAGCAAUCCCCAGAUACGGAGCCAAAUGAGGAGAGUACGACAAAAUUGUCCUCAAUCUCUGCCACAACUAAAAUCACCAACACAUCUAAUGAAGAAUCUGAGGAUAAAUCUUCCAAGACAACUAAAUUAUUAGCUACCAGUCGCCAGCGACCCUUAUUCGGUAGAACCACUACUGAAGUCCCAAUAAAUGACGAAAGCACUGAGAGCGAGGAAGAAGAGCAAACAACUUCCAAAACAACACAAAUCGAUUCUACAACACGUAGAUCAUUGAAUGCAUUCAAUCGUUUCCAAACAUCAACAAAAGCUAAAGAAGAAGAUACCUCCAAUGAUUCUGCAACGAAAACAGCUUUCAGCAGGCUCAAUAGGUUCCAAAUAAACGAGGAAUCUUCAUUGAAAACCGUCAAAGAAGAGCAAGACAUUGAAACUACCACUAAGCGAACUUUUAAUAGAUUUAAUCAAUUUAAAACAACCACAAAAUCGCCACAAUCUAACAGCGAAAAUGAACUUGUCGAAACUCAAGAACCUAGAGAAGUUUCAACACGUCGUACUUUGGGUUCGUUUAGCCAACGUCAGAGAUUAAAUCUAAACUCUAGAACCCAAACUGAUUCAACUACACAGAGAACUAGAUUGAAUAUCAAUAGAAAUUUGUAUAAUCGCAAUAACCAAGAGGAUAAGGACGACGAGGACGAUGAAACUGAAAAUGAAAACAUUGUAGACGUGACCACACGCCGCACUUUUGGCAGCUACAGACAACAGCGUAUCAAUUCCAAUUCCCAAACGCAAACAGAAACGAAAGCCACUUUAAAACCAUUCAAUAUUAAUAGGCCCCAAUUCAAACGACCCUUACCUAAGCGACUACAAUCCGAAGAAAGUGAGGAGUAUGAUGAGUAUGAAGAAGAUGGAGGUGAAGAAUACACAGAUAACGAAGAAGAAACAACCCAUGAAAAUAGUAAUCAACUUGCCAGUCAAGAACUUGCCUCUAAGGAACCAAGUUCCUCAUUAUUAACUUUACGCAAUCGCGUUAGAUUAGGACAAACUCAGGAUAAAGACAACGAACAAGGACUAGUGAACGAUAGACUUAAAAAUUUACUAAACACUAGGGCCAAGACACAAACCACCACAGUUACUACUACUGAUGAUACCUCUGAAACCUCUGAACUAACAACAGAGGAUAAUAAUGAUAAAGAGGUGGCCAUAACAAAAUUAACAGCAACUACUAACUCUAAUAGGUUUGGUACUAAACGUAGCAAUAGCACCGUAGCCAAUUAUUUAAAUAGAAUUAAAACUAAUUUAAGUCAAACGAAUACUAACACGGCACCUAGUCAUAUAAAUCAAGAUAAUGAUGAUAAAUUUAAGUUAGAUAAUGAUGAGGAUGAUGAUGAUGAAGAAGAUGAUGAUGAAGAGGAAAGGGCUGAUGUUAGUAAUAGUAAUAAGUCUAAUGUCAAUGAUAAUAAUAAUAAUGUUAAUAAGGGCGAUGAUAAUGAUUCUAAACGACGUUUUCAGAAAUAUCAAUUCCAACGUAGAACAACAACAGCAAAGACAACUUCAACAACAACAACAACUACUACUGAAAAACCCCAAGACGUUAAGGAAGCUGAUGAAGCCACUAAAGAAGGUGCAGCAAAAGCUCAGGUAAAUGUUAAUGAAGAUAGUGAAAGGGAAACCAGCACAAUUAUACCCGAAACAACUGCACCCAUCACCACAGAGAGUCCUUCUAGUCCGGCCACACCUUUGCAAAGACGCAUUAAAGUCUUAAAACUAAAACGUCCGGUAGUCACAAAUAUCAAUAAUACAAAUACAAAUAUCAAUAUCACUGCCAAUGCAAAUGCAAGUAGUGCUACUAAUUUAAAUGCUAGCCACACUGAAACCCAAAAUAUAGUUAAACUUAGUAGUGUUAGUGAAGUAGAUUCUCAAAUAGCUAAAACUCAAACACUAACAGAAACUGAAAUCACUGAAACCACACAAACCGCAAUACCAUCACAAACCUCACCCACACCCAAACGCUUCCGCAAGGUAAUACGUAAAUUAAUAAGGCCGGUAAAUCGAACUACCGAGAGUCCCCAAGAAACGGAUAGUGAAACCUCCACUGUGACCACUUCGACUUUCUUGCAGAGAAGACAAAAUGCUACCAGAUUAGGUUUCAAUCGUAAUUCCAAGUUCAACAUAGCAAAGGAUGAUGAUAAAAAUGCACAGGAAAGUGAAGAAAGCAGUGAAGAAGAUGAAGAGGAACAGACAGAAGAGAAGAAAACAGAGAACUUAACGAGUCGAGGAAGAAACAGGUUUACAUUGCCCAGUGGUGUAACAAGCACAACUAGAACUUCUUUAUUUGGCACUGCCAAUCGCAACAGAUUCGCCAACACACUUCAGUCUUCAUCUACAACAGAAGCUUCUAAGACCACUGAAAAUAAAGAAGAAGAAGAUGAAGAAGUAGAGGACGGGGAAGAUGAAGAUGAUGAAGAAGAUGAGGAUUCAGAAGAAGAAACUCAACCGGCAACUACUGCUAAACCCGCCAGUGGCAGCAUUUAUACCUCAUCAAAUCGCUUUAGAUUCUCUAGACCUUCAGCUGCCACCACAGAAAGUACAACAGAGAUCAAAGAGGAAAACGAAACUACUAUCACUUCAGAGCUGGAAACUACCACUCACAACGAAGAUGGCGAGAAUCAGUCAUCCAAGGAAACUACUGCCACUAGAUUAUUGAAUUUACAAAAGCUGCGCAAUAAAGUUACAUCCGAACAAGUAACACAACAGGAAGAGGGGGUACUUAGUAAUCGCUUUAAGACCACCAAGACUGGUAGUGCGGAAAUAGAAUCCGAUGAUCCUUUAUUGAAACUGCGCAAUAAAGUAAAACAAGAUUUAGCUAAAGGUAACCAAGAAGAAGGAGUCCUAAGUAAUCGUUUCAAGUCCACCAAGGUGGCCAGCGAAGAAGAGGAACUUGAAAAGGAUGAUCCUCUACUAAAACUGCGCAACAAGGUUAAGCUAGAUUUAGCCAAGGUCGAGCAAGUCGAAGGAGUACUUAGCGAUCGCUUCAAAACCUCGAAGGUGGCCAGCGAAGAAGAGGAAACAGAAAAUCCUUUACUGAAACUGCGUAAUAAGGUUAAACAGGAUUUGGCCAAGGUCGAGCAAGUCGAAGGAGUACUUAGCGAUCGCUUCAAAACCUCGAAGGUGGCCAGCGAAGAAGAGGAAACAGAAAAUCCUUUACUGAAACUGCGUAAUAAGGUUAAACAAGAUUUGGCCAAGGGCAAUCAAGUCGAAGGAGUACUAAGCGAUCGUUUGAAGUCAAAUAAAUCUGAAUCGGAAGUGGAAGAUAAAGAAGAUAAUCUGCUUAAAUUGCGCAACAAGGUAAAACAAGAAUUGGCCAAGGGUAGUCAAGAGGAAGGAGUGGUAAGCGUCAAAUUCAAGAAACUAUUAGAAACCAAAAACACCUCAUCUGUGAACCUCAAAGUAGAAGAAACCGAAAAUGAUUCCAGCACGCAAGAUAGCUUAAAUUUGCUAAAGAUACGUGACAAAGUACAAACUAAUUUAGCCAAGGGCGAACAAGAUCAGGGGGUAGUAAGUUCUAGACUUAAGAAACUACUAGCCGAAAGAAACAGUUCUACAAUAAUUCGUACCAACAGUGUGGAGGAAGGUGAUGAACAUGACGAAACUACCACGGAAAUUAAGGAAACAUCGGGAGAUGGAGAUUUGCUGGAAUCUAGUAAACCUUUUACUCCUAGGAAACCAUUUGUUCCUAGAACUAGAUUAACAGCUGUGGACAAUGAGAGUCAAACGCAAACAGAAACGCAAUCGGAAGAAGUCGAGGAAUCAACUACCUCCGCUCCCAGAGUAAGACCUACUUUCCGUCGCAAGCUGGUAGCCAAGAGACCUUAUGUUCCAACAAAACCUCCUUUAAGUGCUUUGAGAACAACCACAAUUAAAAUUCCCACCACUAAGGGUAAAAAGAAAUAUGUAAGACGUAAAUUUGGUAGAUUCCAUCCAUUCAAUGCCAGCAAUCGUAACACCGGUGAAGGUUUCGUACGCACUGAUCCUAGAGGCAAUAUAUUGCCCGGAACUGAUCGCUUUAAGGUAGAAGGUUCUGCAGGCGGUGAAAAUGGUGAAGAUUACGAAGAAUAUGAUGAAGAGGAGGGUGGAGAAGAAGAAGAGGAUGAAGAGGAAGAAGUUGAAAAGGUGCAAACAAGUGUAUUGGCAAAACCUGUACAAACGAUUAAACCCAUUAUAGCUAGACCACCUGGUUUGUUUAAUAGACCUCAGAGCACAAUUUUGAAAAAGCCUUUAGACCAGUCUAAAGAACAUGGAUCAGGCGACAGUGAAGAUGAAGACGAAGCAGAAGAGGAAGAAGAUGAGGAUGAAGAAGAGGACGAAGAUGAAGAAGAAGAGGAUGAAAACGCACAAGAUGCUGAAAAAUCCAUUAUCAAUCGUCCCGCUUAUAAACCUAAAGACAAUCGUAUACCACCCGGAGCCAGACCUUCGUUGACUACAACGCCAACAAUUAAAAAACCAUUUACGCCAUCACGUGUAGCUAAUACACCCUACAGACCCGGUGCUAUAACCACCACCACACCCAGCAACAGAGCCAAUCGUUUUGGUGUUUCGUCCAGAUCUACAGUAAAACCUCGGGUGAUAAAUCGUCCCCUGGGUGUUUCAGUGCCAAAUCUAACCAUUAAACCUGUGGCUAACGAUUAUGAACGUACUACUGUACUAAUACCUACUAAACCAGCGCCGUUUAUUAAUCCUAACACAAGAGCAUACGAACGCAAAUAUACCGGACCUACCACAGAGGCGUCCGCUGACCUAAACAAUGACAAUAACCCCCUUAUCGAAGAUCUGAAUAUUGAGGCAUUGAAUGCUCGUAACAAGAAGAUAUUCGAUAUAAACAGUAAGAAACACACAACUCUUAAGCCAAAGGUUAACAUACCGCUGGCCAAACUAAACGAGAACACACAAGAACAACAGCAAACAAACACAGAAUUUGAAGAUGAUGAAAGUUAUCAAACAUCUGUGAAUGAGUUUGCCACCACUAUCACUUCAAACACCAUCACACAACAUCAACAAUUUGAACAAGAACAAUCAACAACACUGGAUAACACCUUAAUCGGCACUCAAAACACUGAAGAUGCAAAUCUAAGUAACAAUCUUAACAAUCUUAAUGAAAUUUCUUCACAGGAUGGCUUCACGACCACACCAACACCCAGUACAACCUUGUUGCACAUCUUCACCUUGUCCGAUGCUGGACAUACCACCCAAAAUCCUUUGGAUGGCGGCUAUAGAGCUGUGCCUCGCCUCAUUGCAGAGAGAGGUAAUCCCAAGCAUAAGGUGGUCGAAAUCAAUCGUAUUGUUGAGGUUAAUUCCAAAGAAGAGAAACUGAGACGCAAGUCUAAGGCAAAUACCAUUGUUGCCGUUGAGGGUUCUCAAACGUACAAGGUGGAAUCUUUGCCACAUGUGGAACAGUUGGGUGAAAUCAGUGUGGUUAAAUAUGUCCAUCAGGUGGAUGGUAGUGAUAUCACCAUUGAAGGACGCAGCACUGUAACCGAUUACACACCCACCGAACCCACCGUUCCCAGGACUUCCCAACCUGUACGCCAGUCGUUGCCCAAUGGCAAUGUUGUUGAAGAACGUUACGGCAAAGCUUUAGUACCCGAAGUGAUAAGAGAAGCCAUUGAAACAUCCACCAUUUCAUUGGAAGGUCUAUUUGAAAGUGCUCGCAAAGGUAAGGUUUUAAAUACCAUUGAGGAUACGGCCUAUGUAAGACAGGAUACUACCACCGAAGGGGCUAAGAUUGAAGAAUUAAUAUCCACAACAGAAAGCUCAAAUAACUAUCGUGUAGAAACCACAACCGAAAAAGCAAAUGCCGAAACGAGCACAGAAGGUUUUAACAUUUUAAAAUCAAUAGCCUUUGAUAUAGCCAAGAUUAAUUUAGAACCAAAUAGUAAGGAAAUCGAAACUGUUAACAGUAACUCAGACUCCAUAUUAACCUCUUCAAGCAGUUCAACAUCGAGCAGCUCUUCCUAUACUACGAAUGAAAAGCACACUGAACAACAGCAGUAUUCAGCUGCAUCUAUUCUAACCACUACAGCGCCACCCGAGAUUCUUAAGCUAGAGUUAUCGACUGUAGCCCCGGAGGAGAGAAAAGCUACCACAGUAGCUGCUGCUUUAUUCCCACAAUAUGUAAGACCCAUAGUACCCUUAUUACGUCCUGAAUCCAAUGAAUCCUCACCCCUUGUUAUAUCCAUAGCUAAUCUAGACAAAGUUAUACUCAGUAAAGUGAGAAAAAUGGUUAAUGGCGUAGAAGUGGAAGAAGAUGAACAAGAACAGCCACAGAACAACAUAAUCCCCAAUUCCCAAACCGAAACUUUAACCACCACCAAUACCAAUACCAUCCUUAACAAUAACAGUGAUCAAACUCAAACCCAGCUCGAAUCACAAACACAACAGAACUCUGAAAUUCAAGACUCCAAUGGAGCCUUCUCCAGUCGUUUGGCUGCUGUUAUAAAAGCACCACUUUUGAAUUCUUUAGGGCAGAGCCAAAAACAAGUUAAAAUCGAAACGAGUAAAUCAAAAAGUCCUCUGGACCAGAUCGAGGAAGUCACACAAACUGAGCUUUAUACUAUAAAUGAGGGUAGUGUUGGUAGUACAACAAGUAGCACUAUAGGCAGUAAAAUUAGUGAAACUAUUAGUUUUAGUUCGGAAACCACAGUGGUACGUCGUAAGCAACCGCGCAAAGCUAAAGCGAGAAAGUUUAAAACUAAACAACAUUCGGGCUUCACAACGAUUGCACCAGCCACAGAAUUAGUCAGUGAAAGUCUGCGCACACCAGCAACUGUUAACAGCAACGGUUUAACAGUAACGCGAAGGCCUGUAUUGAGUGUGCGUCGACGCUUAAUCAAUUCAUCUACUGCCGCCACUGCUGCUACAGCCACCUCUGCAGCCUACAACAGCCAACAGCAACAAACUACCACACCAACCUUAACCACACAUCCCGACUCAUCUUCCACAAUAAACGAUGAAUACAUUACGACCUCUAAAUUUAAACGCUUACGCACCAAUCGGCCACCAACACUUAAUGCUGCUGCUGUCGAUAUAACAACCGAUACGACGUUCAAAACGAACAAUAAAUUGAAUAAGAAACUAUCAACGGAAACAUUGGCGAAUGAUUUGAAAUUGGCCUCAUCAUCAUUGACGUCAUCGUCAUCGGCCGACAAUGACAUCACAGCGAAGCAAACAUCGAAAUCCCAGUCGUCGGCUGCUUUGCGACGUAAAUUCCAAGCAAGACGUUUAACAACAUCUACGGUCAGCAACACAAAUAGUGAUGGAUCAGCCACUGAACCACCACGUACACAAAAUCCUUUAUUCAAGAGACGCUACAGUUUGACCACAUACUCGCCACUGUCUGGAAAAACUAGCCAGCCAUCGAAAGCGACAACAACAACAUCAUCAUCGUCAACAUCAACAUUGCGAACAGCCAUUGAUAGUUUGACAACAACAGUUUAUGUUGAUGGUUUAGAAAAUGAUGAGGACACAGAUCAAGUGGCAAAAUCUAGCAUCCACACAAGUCGUUUCAAUCAAAUUAAUGGCAGACUGCACAUAGACGAUGACGACGAAGAAGAACUGGAUGCUGGCAUUGGCGUUGGUGGCAGUGAUGGGGAGGUUGCAGGUGGUGGCGACGCUGAUGUGAGACAUGUGGUCAAUACUGUCAAACCCAUAACAACGUUGUCCACAGCAACCAGACAGCCAGCAUCUAGAUUUUUGCAACAACAACAGUCACCAAAACAACAACUACAACAACAGCAAUACUCAAAAUAUAACUUUGACGAUGUUAUAACCAGGCGCAUGGAUGGCACGGGAACUGUUUUGAAAUCAUCAACCGGUAGCACCACCACCAUCGCCACCAGCACAACGACAACACAAGCUCCCGUAAUUAAAAAACGUAAAAUGGUUAUCAAAAGAAGACCACAGAAAACAACGCCCAGUUCCGGCGAGAGCUUGGCAUCGAAACGAAGAAGACCUCAUAAAUAUCAAGAGCCAUUCGAGAGAAUAAAUAGUAAUCAAUCGAAGACUGUUGUUAAGACUUCAACACAGCCGGGCAGAACUUAUCGUCCCAAUUUGGACUAUGAUUACUAUGAUGAUGAGGAUGUACGUUUAGUGGGCAAUAAGAGUGAUCAACAGCUUAAAGUAAUUCUGCAUGGUGGUGGCAUAAUUGAGUGUUUGGAUCAAGGUAACUUCCCACAUCCAUUAUCGUGUCGCAAAUUCAUUUCCUGUGCCAAGUUUGAAACCGGUGGUGUUGUUGGCUGGGAAUAUACAUGUCCCAAAGGUUUGAGUUAUGAUCCUGUGGGUGGCAUGUGUAAUUGGGCAGCUGGUUUGGGUUGUAAGGAGUAAAACAAAAAAAAAACAGAAACACUAAACGCAUAAUAAAACAACAGCAACACAACAAAUGCCUAAAAAUACUGCCAGAAGUACUUUAGUACUCAACAAAAAAA